AUGCUGACUGGCAGGAUAAGCUUUUCAGCCUCAGUGAUUUGCUUUUGGCUUGUGAUUUCAGGAGUUCGGGCAGACAGAGUGGAAGACAUGGAGGGAAAUGCGACGGCUUCUGAGAAACCCAUCCGUCAGUCCCAGUCUCUGUGUGCUGGAGAACAGGAGUAUGUUCACAAGAGGAAACAAGUAGUUCUGGAGUCACUCAACAACCUGGGAGUCAACUGUACAGAUACAGAUUCGGUUCCUCACAUCACUUUCUUGGGGUCAGGUGGUGGUCAGAGGGCAGCUGUGGCUCUGGUGGGUUCCCUCUAUCAGAUGAAACAGGAUGGUCUGCUGGAUACUCUGCUCUACAUGGGAGGAGUUUCUGGGUCCACAUGGUCCAUGACCUCAUUGUACAGUGACCCUCAAUGGAGCGAUAACAUGGACCGAGCAGUGUCCAGGCUAUCAGGUCCUGGGGUGGAGCUGGAGGAGGCUCUGGCCUGGUUGGAUGAGAGGUCCAAAGAGGAGCACUUCUCUCUCACUGAUAUCUGGGGGGUCAUGACUUCUGCUGGGAUCAUGAAACAGUUGGACCUACGGCGUCUUUCAGACGAGGCCAGCAGAAACGCCACCAACCCUUACCCUGUAUAUAGUGCCAUAGAGAAGCACUGCUUUACAGAUGGGCCAAUAGAAGGAAAAUGGUUCGAGAUGAGCCCUCAUGAGGCUGGUUUCACAGAGUUGGGUGUAUUCAUCGAAACUUCUCUCCUCGGAAGCAGAUUUGAGAACGGAGGACUGCUAGAAGUCAAGCCAGAGAUGGACAUGGUCAAACUACAAGGUGUUCUAGGUUGUGCACUGGCUCACGAGGAGACUGUCAGAGAGUUCAUCCCCCCCUGGCUGGAUGUGCCUGGCCAUGUAGACAGUGCUGCUGACGAGUACCUGCGUGUAUUCAGUGCGCUUGAUAAACUGAUAGCAAUGACCAAAGGCACCAUUCAGGAUCCUCGUGCUCUGUCUGACCUGGACAAGCUGCAGAAAAUACUACAAGACAAGGUAAAUCAGAAUAAGUCUGAGUUGCUGGAGUCAAAGAGUUCAGAGGAAAGAAAAACUCUUUUUCAGCAGUGGAGUCUGGAGCUACUGGUGGCAGUAGAGAUCUGGAGCCGAAGUCUGGAGGAUGGACCUUUCAAAACACAUGUCUCUCUGCUUACUAAGCAAAUCAUUCCUCUUGUUCUGAAAUGGGAGUGGGGAACUACCGGAAACUUCCUAUACCAAUAUGAAGAUUCCUCUAUUCCACAGUGCCUUAGUUCUAAGGAGAGAUUCCACCUGGUAGAUGCUGGGCUGCUGAUCAAUGUUGGCUAUCCUUCAUUUCUGGGAGACAAGAGAGAUAUCGACCUCAUCAUCGCACCAGAGUCCAGCGCUGGAAACAUGUUUGAGACUCUGACUCUUGCCAGAGACUAUGCAGCCACGCUGAAGAAACCUUUUCCAGAGAUAGGUGAGGAAAUCCUGGAGGACAGAGAGUGGCCGAAUGACUGCUACGUGUUUGAGGGAAAAGAGAAGGAACCCACUAUCAUUUACAUGCCACUCUUCAACAGACGGAACUGCAAAGAUGCAGAAGAGUUUAAAGCAAAGAUGGAGGAGUUCUCUACUUUCCAGCGUCCCUUCAACCAGGAAAAGAUUGCGUUUUUGUUGGAGACGGCCAAAACAAACAUGAAGAACAACAAGGAAACUCUGCUGAGGGAGAUCAACAAGGCUGCUCUCCGCCGACAGAACAAGAGGUAUGGAUGGGUCUGA